CUUUUGCUCCACAGCUGGUUGCCAAGUGGGCGGAGUGGGCGUAGGGAUGUCCCUGCUGGUGCUGACAGCCGCCCACGGGGCCGCCCUCACGACAGCGGACCCGGGCCACUGGACGAAGCCCCCGGGGUUCUUCCCUGAGGGAUUACACGGGGUUGUGUGUGGCGGAGCCGUCCUCAGUCUGGGUCUCUCGGGAAUCCACAUAGCGACCCUCCUCGCGGGGGAAUGCAAGCGCUACAGGGGCGUCUCCGGAUGCCUGGGCGUGGGCAUAGGCGUCCUGGCACUCCUGACGCUCUUCCCGAGCGCCGUCGUGGCUACCCUGUCCUCCUCUGACCUCUCCACCAUCGCCCCACUCACCCACCUCUUCCCGGGGGACUCCCUGGCGGGGAUGAGAGCCCUCGUCAGCGUCGGGGGGAUGGUGGGGCUGUGGGCAGCGUGUCUGGGAGGGGUCAUCGGGGGCUCCAGGCUCCUGCAGAGGCUGGCGUGCGACGGACUGGCGCCCAGGUGCUUCGGGAAGACGAGUCACGUGACGACGUCGCCCUGGAGGGCGGCUCUCUUCUGCGGGGCUAUGGCGACCCUCACGGCGGCCCUGUCUUCCUCCGCUCAGCUCCUCAAGGCCGCUGGGGCGGGGACGGUCACGGCGGGCUUCGCGGGCGCCGCUGCCGUCUUGGCCCACCGGUACCGCCCGAGGCACUACUACUCCUCGGCAUCGUUCCACACCGACUCCCCGACGACGUCGACGACCAACCUCCCGCGGAGCGUGAGCCUCCCGGAGCUGACGGAGCUGGCCACGCCCACCCGACACGCCCCUCCUCCUCCUCCUCCUCCUCACUCCUACUACGAGGGCUGCUCCAGGUCCAGCGGCUCCAACGUCGUCGACUUCCAGCCCGUGGCUCACUGCUCCUACGCGAGCCACGACGAGAUCCAGUCGGUGGGUUACGACGACAGUGAGCCGCGCCAGCUGGCCGUCGAGUGGGCUGGGGGCGGCACCUGGAUCACCGCCGUCGUCGAGCCUCCCCAGCCGCCCACGUGGGCGUCCUGGAAGACCUCUCGCUUCCUCAUGACGACGUUCAUCAUCAACUGCCUGGCGGGCGUUGGCGUGGUGAGGGGGGCGAAGGAACUGGGCGUGGGGGAAUGGGCGUGGGCGGGAGUGGCCCUCUGUUUAUGCGGGUGCGUCGUCUGCGGGGUCGGCCUGUGGCUGCAGCCGCGCUACUCGCCCCCCGCCCCCACCCAGCAGGAGGGCGUGCCCCUCCUUCCCCUCCUGGCCAUCUUGGCCAACAUCCUCCUGCUCCUCCACCUGCCGCAAGCCGCCCUCACGACGGCCCUCUGCGUCUGGGGCGUGACCUCGGCCGUCUGGAUGGUCCAGGGGCGCCCGUCGAGUCUCGAGGCCGCCCUCAUCCACGCCCUUUUGACCCACAGCAACCAAGAGUCGCCUCCUGAUCUGCUGUAGUAGUCUAUCUGAACCUCCUCCUCCUCCUCCUCCUCCUCCUCCUCCUCCUCCCCUCAUCUCCAGAAGCCUUCCAGAUAUAUAUACUAGUGUCGUCAGACUUCCAUAUUUUUACUGAUAGUGAAGAUUGUGAUGAAUAUGACCCAGUAUAGUGACAGAAUGUCAUUGUAACGAAGAUGAACAUGACCAGUUUCCCUUCAUUUUCCAGACUGUGUCCAUGCGCAGUAUAGUGACAAAAAAGUCAUUGUGACGUCGAUGAGCAUAACCAGUUUCCCUACAUUUUCCAAUACUGUGCCCAUGCCCAUAGUGACGGAAAUGUCAUUGUAACGUCGAUGAACAUGACCAGUUUCGCUUCAUUUUCCAAUACUGUGCCCAUGCCCAUAGUGACGAAAAUGUCAUUGUAACGACAUGACACUAUUCUAGUAAUUUCCCAAAUACAAAGGAAGCGACGGAAAUCGACAUAAUGAAGUCAUGACACUUAACUAGUCAUUUCAAAAAUAAAUAAAGACGGCAUGGACGAGAAAUGAGCAUGACCAUAAAAUAUAGCUUUAAAUACUUACGGUCCCACCUUAUCCCUAAUUUAAAGGCGUGUAUUUUAAAUGAACCUCUUUUACAAAUACAUAACCACUUACUGUUUUGCACAAAAUGUAUAUUAUAUUUUAUAUGAACCUCAUUUACCAAAAACUAUAAAGGUAUCCAUCGCCCCAAAUUUUGCCAAGUUCAGAUAAUUCACUCAAAAUUAAUUGGUUGAAUUUAGCUUUACGAGGAAAUUUUUUUCUAUCGUUUAUAUGGAAAUAAAAAAAAUAAAUAAAUAACUCACAUAUCACAAAAGAAGGUUAUACAUAUCUAUACAACAAUGACUACGUAUUCAUGCAAAAAUGUGUAUCUCUCUCUC